AUGAGCAUAACUAUCUGCGCCUCCGACUUCAGCAUCCACGUCAACGCAUUUUCCGAUAUCAUGGACGACGCAACAUCCCUGUUCCUCUACAGAUUCACCGUACCGCAACUACGUGUGUUGUGUGUGGCAUUGCACCUGCCCAGUACCGUUACGACGUCGUCAAGGGAUUAUGUCCCGUGUAUCGAAGCCCUGGCCAUGACGUGUCGCCGGCUGGCAGAACCGUGUCAAAUGUACCACGUUGCAAACGAGUUUGGUCGAUCAUCGGGGGCAGUAUCCCGGAUUGUCAAAACAGCCAUCACAGCCCCCGAUGGCCUAGUUGUGUCCAUGUACGGCCUUGUUGGGGGGCGACUCCACGAUUCUAUGGUGUUGUCCAUGUGCGGUAUUUUGGAUACCAUUUCCCUUAUUCCCGAGCUCAACGGGCACAUGAUGUAUGGCGAUUUGGCGUACGGAUGUCGUCCGCAUUUGUGUUGCCCAUUUUCCAACGUUCCGCACGGUUCCAACGCCGACAAUUUCAACAAGUCAAUGAGCUCAGUACGUGAGGCAGUGGAGUGGAGUUUCCACUUGAUUAAAUGCUUGUGGUCAUUCAUGGAUUGGAGCAAAACACAAAAGGAUCAGCAAUUACCCAUUGGGCAAUUGUGGAUCGUAUGCGUCUUGUUAACCAACUGCCACACCUGCUUGCAACCGAUGGGAAAUCAAAUAUCCAUGUAUUUCAUUUGCAAGCCGCCAUCGCUUGAGGAGAUGUUAACAGCUCACGACUAA